GCUUCCGAAACUGCAGAAAAAUCGCUUGCGCCUCUUUCCCUGCUAGCAGCCGCCUCUGCAGCUUUUCCACCCUGCCGCGUAAGUCACGCGCGUUUUUCUAACACCACUUCACAUGUCAUUGCCAAAAAAAACCUCGAAGAGCUAAACGAUAGCUUGCCUCUAUCCGUCAGUGCAAACAAUCAUAUUGCCUUUAUCGAGCACCGAUCUCUGCCACCGAAAGAGCUUUUGUUUUCUUCUCUCUCCGCUCUUCUUCUGCUUUAGCGUACUUAGCGUCCAGUGCAAGAGCACGCUCAACAUCCACAGCACGAAGGAUGCGUCAGCGACAUGCACCGCAUCAAGGCAGCGCGGGUGCAACCUUCGUUCCGCCUGCCGAUAAGACGGACUCCCAGGAGGACAGUCAAGCACCGCCUCUACCGCAGCUGCCGCAGCACCGCGAUCCCCUCUUCUCGCACAACAUGCCUGCGGUCACCUCGUCGGUUCCUUCCACCUCACUGCAGAUUCGCGCCCCUCGAUUGGACGAGAUGAACAGCUCCUUCUACUACAUCCCUCAAUUCUUGUGGUUGCAGACGAUGGACCGCGCGCCGUACUUCAUCAACAACUUUUUUGUUCCAUCCCUCCCUCCACAUCACGAGUUUAUGCUGACGCGUAUUCGCGACGAGUACGUGCGUUCGUACCGGCCUGCAGUGGCGGACGAUGUGGCGCUGCUGGGCCGCUUGUGGAACGGCCACAAUCGAAUCGUCAUGGCCCCUGACGAACUGAAAUUCUCCCCCGAGGUGCAUUGCACGAAUGCACGGUGGAAAGAGUUGGGCUUUCAGGGCACCGACCCGUCGACAGAUUUCCGCGGGGCCGGCGUGUUUGGUCUGACACAGCUGGUGUACCUCGUAGAGAAGCACCCCGAGCAAUGGAAUGCGAUGCUGAGCCCUGACUUUAUGACUGCCGCGGCGGGUCUCAACGUCUCGCUGCGCCUCAUGACGCUGAUCGAUAUCAACACCACUGUGAAUCAGUUUAGCCCCACGAUGCACACCACCUACUCUGCCUGUGAAGGACGGUUGCAGCUGUGCCGUUUCAUCUUUGAUCAAAAUAUCGAGGUAGGGGUGAAGCGCCUGCACGAGGUAUACUGCUUUGCGAUGCGGCUGCUGCACUUCCGCUGGGUGCGCUCCUCGCGAAAUCUUAUGGAGUUCAAUCAGCUGCUGAGCGCCGUGUACGCGGAGUUGGAGAAGCUGUUGUACGUCAGCAAAAGCCUAGAAGAUCUUUGCUCCAUUUUGUAG